GGAAAGUUUUACCUUCAGUAAGUAAGGGAGCGGUGGACAUCAUGUCGAGACUGUUGGAUAUGAAGGAGUUUGGAGAAGCGGCUCCGUUUCUGCGCAAAUCCGACCUGGAGCUGCUGGCAGCGCAAACUGUUGCGUUUGAUGGAAAGAAACGCGCUUGGAUACCAGAUGAAAAGGACGAGUACAUUGAUGUGGAAAUGAGGGAGAUUGAUGGUGACAAAGUCAUCGUUGAGACCAAGGACGGGAAGUGCUUAACUGUGAAGGAGGAUGACAUUCAACAGAUGAACCCUCCCAAGUUUGACAUGAUAGAGGACAUGGCCAUGCUCACACACCUGAAUGAAGCUUCAGUGCUCUAUAAUCUGCGGAGGCGCUACAGCAAUUGGAUGAUCUAUACGUAUUCUGGACUCUUCUGUGUGACCGUGAACCCAUAUAAAUGGCUUCCCGUCUACACGGCCCCUGUAGUGGCUGCCUACAAAGGCAAACGCCGCUCCGAGGCUCCACCUCACAUCUAUUCCAUCGCUGACAAUGCCUACAAUGACAUGUUGCGCAAUCGUGAGAAUCAGUCCAUGCUAAUCACCGGAGAAUCUGGUGCUGGCAAAACCGUAAACACGAAACGUGUAAUUCAGUAUUUUGCCAUAGUAGCGGCUCUGGGUGAGGCACCGACUAAAAAAGGAGCCCCUGCCACUAAAACAGGGGGGACUUUAGAGGACCAGAUUAUUGAAGCUAAUCCUGCAAUGGAGACUUUUGGAAAUGCCAAGACAUUGAGGAAUGACAACUCAUCCCGUUUUGGUAAAUUCAUCAGGAUCCAUUUUGGACCAACAGGGAAACUGGCUUCUGCUGACAUUGAUAUAUAUCUUCUGGAAAAAUCCAGAGUGAUAUUUCAGCAACCUGGAGAGCGAAGUUACCACAUCUACUACCAGAUCAUGUCACAAAAGAAGCCUGAACUUCUUGACAUGCUCCUGGUCUCUUCAAACCCCUACGACUACCAUUUUUGCUCCCAAGGAGUGACAACGGUGGAGAAUAUGGAUGACGGGCAGGAGCUUAUGGCUACUGAUCAUGCCAUGGAUAUCCUUGGCCCCUUAGGAAUUAUGUCCAUCCUUGAAGAGGAGUGCAUGUUCCCUAAAGCUACCAACAAUAGCUUCAAGGCUAAGCUGUUUGACAAUCACCUUGGCAAGACUGCAAAUUUCCAAAAGCCAAGGCCUGACAAGAAGAGAAAGUAUGAGGCUCAUUUUGAGCUAGUGCACUAUGCAGGAGUGGUGCCAUAUAAUAUUAUUGGUUGGUUAGACAAAAACAAAGACCCCCUGAAUGAAACGGUGGUAGCUUGUUUCCAGAAAUCAGCCAGCAAGCUUCUGGCUAGUCUGUAUGAGAAUUAUGUUAGCUCUGACUCAGCCUCUGACACAAAAACAGGCAUCAAGGAAAAGAGGAAAAAGGCUGCUUCCUUCCAGACAGUGUCACAGCUACACAAGGAGAAUCUCAACAAGUUGAUGACAAACUUGCGGAGCACUCAACCCCAUUUUGUACGCUGCAUCAUCCCCAAUGAGACCAAAACACCAGGAAUCAUGGACGCUUUCCAGGUGCUGCACCAGUUGCGCUGUAACGGAGUCCUGGAGGGCAUUCGCAUUUGCAGGAAGGGAUUUCCUAACAGAAUUCUUUAUGCCGAUUUCAAACAGCGGUAUCGCAUUCUGAAUCCUCAUGCUAUCCCUGAUGACAAGUUUGUGGACAGCAGGAAGGCUGCAGAGAAACUUCUGGCUUCACUGGAUAUCGACCAUAAUCAGUAUAGAUUUGGACAUACUAAGGUGUUCUUUAAAGCUGGCCUGCUGGGACACCUGGAGGAGAUGAGGGACGAGCGUCUGGCUAAAGUUCUCACUCUAUUGCAAGCCGCCAGCCGUGGCAAGAUCAUGAGGAUGGAGCUGAAGAAGAUGAUGGAGAGGAAGGAGGCUCUGAUGAUCAUUCAGUGGAAUAUCCGGGCAUUCAACAUUGUGAAGAACUGGCCAUGGAUGAAACUCUUCUUCAAAAUCAAGCCCCUGCUGAGGAGCGCGGCCACGGAAAAAGAGCUGGCCGCUCUAAAAGAGGAGUUCCUGAAGCUAAAGGAGGCACUAGAGAAAUCAGAGUCCAAGCGUAAGGAACUGGAAGAGAAACAGGUCAGCCUGAUCCAACAGAAGAAUGACCUUUCCCUGCAGCUUCAGGCAGAGCAGGAUAACCUGGCAGAUGCAGAGGACCGUUGUGACCUGCUCAUCAAGACCAAGAUUCAACUUGAAGCCAAAGUGAAGGAGAUGACCGAACGCCUGGAAGACGAAGAGGAGAUGAAUGCUACCGUUCUUGCAAAAAAACGCAAGCUGGAGGAUGAGUGCGCUGAGCUGAAAAAGGACAUUGAUGAUCUGGAGAUAACCUUGGCCAAGGAGGAGAAGGAGAAGCAUGCCACUGAAAACAAGGUGAAAAAUCUGAUAGAAGAGAUGGCAGCUUUGGAUGAAACUAUUCUGAAGCUCACUAAAGAGAAGAAGGCCUUACAGGAGAGUCACCAGCAGACGUUGGAUGACUUGCAGACAGAGGAAGACAAAGUCAACACUCUGACUAAGGCCAAAGCCAAGCUGGAGCAGCAAGUAGAUGAUUUGGAGGGGUCCUUGGAACAGGAGAAGAAAUUGCGAAUGGACCUGGAACGGGCCAAACGCAAGCUGGAGGGCGAUCUGAAGCUGGCCAUGGAGUCUGUCAUGGACCUUGAAAAUGACAAGCAGCAAUUAGAGGAAAAGCUAAAGAAGAAAGAUUUUGAAAUGAACCAGAUCAGUUCGAAAAUCGAAGAUGAGCAAGCGCUAAUCAUCCAGCUUCAAAAGAAGAUCAAGGAAUUGCAGGCUCGUAUUGAGGAGCUCGAAGAGGAACUGGAAGCAGAGCGUUCCACCCGAGCGAAGAUGGAGAAACAGCGAUGCGAUGCAUCCAAAGAGCUUGAAGAGCUCAGCGAGCGUCUCGAGGAAGCCGGAGGUACCACUUCAGCCCAAACUGAGAUGAAUAAGAAACGGGAGGCAGAUUUUCUAAAACUGCGUCGUGACCUUGAGGAGGCCAUAUUGCACCACGAGGCUAUGACUGCCGCACUGCGCAAAAAGCAUGCAGACAGUGUGGCUGAACUGAGUGAGCAAAUUGACAGCCUUCAGCGGGUCAAACAGAAGUUGGAGAAGGAGAGAAGUGAAGCCAAGAUGGAGGCAGAUGACCUCACCUCCAAUUUAGAGCAGCUGGCAAAGAGCAAGGCUGCCAUUGAGAAAACGUGUCGCGUCUAUGAGGACCAGAUGAAUGAGUCAAAAGCCAGAGUGGAGGAGCUCCAAAGGCAGCUCAGUGACACCAACACACAGCGAGCCCGGGCUCAGGCUGAGAGCGCUGAACUGGGCAGAAAGCUGGAGGAGCGUGAAGCUCUGGUGUCUCAACUGCAGCGCAUCAAGAACUCCCUCAGCCAAAACACUGAGGAGCUCAAGAAACAGCUAGAUGAAGAAACCAAAUCAAAGAAUGCCUUGGCUCAUGCCCUGCAAUCAUCCAGGCAUGACUGUGAUCUGCUGAGGGAGCAGUAUGAUGAAGAGCAAGAGGGCAAAUCUGAGCUGCAGCGUGCACUGUCCAAGGCCAAUGCUGAAGUCGCCCAAUGGAGGGCCAAGUAUGAGACAGACGCCAUACAGAAGACAGAGGAACUCGAGGAAGCAAAGAAGAAGUUGGCCGCCCGCCUCCAAGAGGCUGAGGAACAAGUCGAGGCGUCAAACGCAAAGUGCUCCUCCCUAGAAAAGACCAAACAUCGGCUGCAGUCAGAGAUUGAGGAUCUCGUAGUAGAUCUGGAGCGCUCUAAUGCAGCCGUCGCUGCCCUGGAUAAGAAGCAGAGGCAAUUUGACAAGAUUUUGGCCGAAUGGAGGCAGAAGUAUGAGGAGUGUCAGUCUGAGCUGGAGUCCUCACAGAAAGAGUCUCGUAAUCUGAGCACAGAGCUGUUUAAACUCAAGAACUCUUAUGAGGAGGCUCUGGACCAUCUGGAGAGCAUCAAACGGGAGAAUAAAAAUCUACAGGAGGAGAUUUCUGACCUGAGUGACCAAAUAAGCCAGGGCAGCAAGACCAUUCAUGAGCUUGAGAAGAUCAAGAAAGGUUUAGAUCUGGAGAAGACUGAAACUCAAGCUGCUCUGCAGGAAGCUGAAGGAACUCUGGAGCAUGAGGAGAGUAAGACUCUACGUAUACAGCUGGAGCUCAAUCAGAUCAAAGCAGACAUUGACAGGAAGCUGGCUGAGAAAGAUGAGGAAAUCGACAAUCUCCGCCGUAACCAUCAGCGUACCAUAGAGUCCAUGCAAGCCACCCUGGAUGCAGAAGCAAAAUCCCGCAAUGAAGCCAUCAGGGUGAAGAAGAAGAUGGAGGGCGACCUGAAUGAAAUGGAGGUUCAGCUGAACCAUGCAAAUCGCUUGGCCUUGGAGUCCCAAAAAAUGGUCCGCAACCUGCAGACACAGACUAAGGAUCUUCAGAUAGAGCUGGAUGAGACCACUCACCAGAAUGAAGAACUGAAAGAACAGGUUGCAGUUACUGACCGCAGGAACAACCUCCUGACUGCUGAGAUGGAAGAACUGAGAAGCCAACUGGAGCAGUGUGACCGUGCCCGCAAACUGGCCGAGUAUGAGCUCCUGGAAACCACGGAGAGGGUCAACCUACUGCAUUCCCAGAACACAUCACUGCUCAAUCAAAAGAAAAAGCUGGAGAGUGAUAUCUCCACGUUGUCUAGUGAGGUGGAUGAUGCAGUGCAGGAGUGCCGAAAUGCAGAAGAAAAAGCCAAAAAGGCAAUCACUGAUGCUGCCAUGAUGGCAGAGGAGCUGAAGAAAGAGCAGGACACCAGCGCUCACCUGGAACGUAUGAAGAAGAACAUGGAGCAGACCAUCAAAGAUCUGCAGAUGCGUCUGGAUGAGGCUGAGCAGAUCGCUCUAAAAGGAGGCAAGAAGCAAAUCCAGAAACUGGAAAGCAGGGUGAGAGACCUGGAAAACGAGCUGGAAUCUGAGCAGAAAAAAAGCAAUGAAUUCCAGAAGGGAGUUCGCAAAUUUGAGCGAAGGAUCAAGGAGCUCACCUACCAGACUGAGGAGGACAGGAAGAACAUGGCUCGCCUACAGGAGCUCAUAGACAAGCUGCAGGCCAAAGUUAAGACCUACAAGAGACAAGCAGAGGAGGCGGAGGAACAAGCUAAUACCAACUUGACCAAGUACAAGAAGAUUCAGCAUGAGCUGGAUGAUGCUGAGGAACGAGCCGAGAUUGCGGAGUCUCAAGUGAAUAAACUACGUACCCGGACCAGAGACCCGGGUAGCAAGGCUAGUCCUAAGCUUGCAGAGUGAAGAGGAAAGCCCUCUCAUAUAUGAUCACAGCCCACAGCUGCAAGUUUUGUGUGACAGUGAAAUAAACGUAUGCCUAAAGCUAUGAGUAAGAUUUUAAAAAAUUACUCUUUUAUAUUUAUU